ACACCCUACCUAUAUAUACUUCUCCUCAAAAACCCUAGCGGCCUUUGUUCUCCAUUUUCCCAAACGCAAAACACCAGCAGAGCAGCCGCCGCAGAGGGUAGAGAGAGAGAGGAGGAGGAGAAGAAGAAGAAGAAGAAUGGUGUCAGGGUCUGGGAUCUGCGCAAGGAGGGUGGUGGUGGACGCUCGGCACCACAUGCUGGGGAGGCUGGCUUCGAUUCUGGCGAAAGAACUCUUGAAUGGCCAGAAAGUGGUGGUUGUGAGGUGCGAGGAGAUAUGCCUCUCCGGAGGACUCGUCCGCCAGAAGAUGAAGUACCUCCGCUUCCUCCGCAAGCGCAUGAACACCAAGCCCUCUCAUGGCCCCAUCCACUUCCGAGCCCCAGCUAAGAUACUCUGGCGCACUAUUCGUGGGAUGAUUCCUCACAAGACUAAGCGCGGAGCAGCUGCACUUGGUCGUUUGAAGGCUUAUGAGGGAAUUCCACCACCAUAUGACAAGAUGAAGAGGAUGGUUAUCCCUGAUGCUCUCAAGGUUUUGAGGCUUCAAGCUGGACACAAGUACUGCUUGUUGGGCAGGCUUUCUUCAGAGGUUGGAUGGAACCAUUAUGAUACUAUUCGGGAACUUGAGAAGAAGAGGAAGGAGAAAUCACAGGUGACAUAUGAGAGGAAGAAGCAGUUGACAAAACUGAGGGUUAAAGCUGAGAAGAUCGCUGAGGAGAAGCUUGGUUCCCAGCUUGACAUCAUUUCUUCUAUCAAGUACUGAACCUAGUGAUAUUACUGGUUUUCUAAAGUGACAAUUUUGUGGGAGAAUAGUAUUCCUAGUAAAAACUCUUUUCAUUUUGAUUUGUGUUUACUUUUGAGUGGUUCAUUUUUUAUUGUGGUGUUAUUACUUCAGAAGACAUCAUGGAAUGCAUCUUUGACCUUGUUUUUCAAGUAAGAUCACCUUGUGUGUUAUCAAAUAUUGUGCUUUAUUCUAUA